CAUUUGGCACGUUGACGCCGGAAAUCAAACAUAAUUUUGUUGAGUUACGAGUCAACAGUGUCUAUUUAUAUUCAAUAUAGUAAUUUAAGUUUAAGCAAUGAGUGUUAAUUUAAGUAGCUGCUUAAGACCAUCUAAGGAUUUGACAGGUUUGUUCAAAGUUGUCAUUCUACCUAUUCUAUUACAUAGAGGUGUUUAAAAGCGUUUAUACGUUUUUAAUGUUUUUAAUGGUAAAAAAUAAUUAAAUGUUGUCCCAUCAAAUACCGGAACUAUUUCGAUAUUUAGAAGAAUACGCUGCCUACGUCUUUAUCUCGACGAUUAUUCUAGAGAUAUGACUGUUUAGAUAUUUAGAUUUAUCUUUGUUAAAAGCAUACGUAAUUAGGUGGCAAGAUUAUGUUGUUCUUGCUCAAUCACCAUUUUAUUAUCAGGCCUAACAAACCUUCAUUUUGCAGGCUGUUCUUCCGGUUUUAAAUGUUCAUCUCUUAAUGGCCCUUCUACUCUUUUAACUGGAUCAGGCUUUUUAAAUCCUUCAAUUUCAUUUAGUAACAAAAAAUCUUCAUUAGUUCAGCCGAAAGCCCAGCUCAAUGAAAAACUAUUUAGUCUAUCAAGCGGGUCGGCUAUACAUUCAAUAAGCGAGAGGAGCAGUAUUUUCAACCAGCAAUGCACUUUCUCAAAAGUACCUUCUUUUAUGAAAGAUGGAUUGUUAAGUUUGACAAGCAAUCAAACACUUCCCACACAAAUACUUAAUACAAAGAAUGCUCUGAAGAAUAAGAAAAGUCAAAUUAAAAAAACGACUGAACUCAUAAAAGAAGAUCUUAUCAAAUAUGAAGAUGACUGUAAAGCUCCCAGCUAUGAAUUGAUAGCAGAGGAUAUUGAGAAGAUAGAUGUCCAUAGAAAAGUAGUUGCAAAUGAAAUAGGGGGUAGUGAGAAAGAAGAGACUAUUGAAGAUCUAAAGAGACGAUUCAUCCAUCUGGUAAGUGGAAGUUUGAUUAGGUCACCCAAUUUUCAAGCUGAAGAUGAUCCAGUAAGAGGAGAUUUGAUAUCUGUUUGUAAUAAAAUUUCAAUGGAUGAUCCAGAAUUUGUUCUAAAGGUAGCUCUUUAUACCAGAUUAGAAUUAAACAUUCGUUCGACAAGUAACUUUUUAUUGGCUUAUUCCUCUAAUAAUCCCCAAUGCCGUCCAUUUCUCAAGAAAUAUUUCGACAACACUAUUGUAUUGCCGUCAGAUUGGAUAAGUGUUGCUGAAAUUUCCUUAACUUUGAAAGAGGGAAAGAAGAAUAAUUUCUCAUCCCUACCAGCUUCUUUAAGAAGAGUAAUGACAAAAAAGUUUGCCAGUUUUAAUGCUUUUCAAUUGGCUAAAUAUGAUAAAGAUAAGGUUAAAUCAAAAAAAAAGAGGCUAAAGCGAAAAGCCUUGAGAACAAAUAAUUUUGCUUCGAGAGGUUCUACAAGAGGUAGGGGAAAUUUUAGAAGAGGGACACGAUCGGCUCCGCCGAAGGAAUCAUUCGAAGAAGCAUUGACAAAAUUACAAGAGCGCUCUAGCAAAUCAUUCACUUUAAAGCAGUUAAUUCGCAAACUGCAUAUACGUACGCCAGUAAACAACGUUCUUUGCCUCUUAGGAAAAAGAUAUCCUGAAAAUCUUGAAGAAUUUUAUAAAUUAGGAUUGGAUGGAACAUUCGAUCAAUCUAAAUGUGGAAAGAGAAUGAAACUACCUACACCAGAGACAUGGGAAACUCAAAUUUCUAUGAAGGGAAACAAAUCUUUCGUAUGGGAAGGUUUAAUUGAUCAUAAGAAAUUACCCUUCAUGGCAAUGUUGCGUAAUCUAAGAAACCUAAUUAAAGCUGGUAUAUCGGAGAGUCAUCAUAAUAUGAUUUUAGGAAGAUUGACUGAUGAAAAGAGCAUAGUUAAUUCGAAACAGUUUCCGUUUAGAUUCUUUUCAGCAUAUGAUGUGCUUACAACACUGGAGAAACAAUAUAAUGAAUGGUUGGAAGAAAAACUGAAUCCAAAAAAACCGGUAUCAGUCCCUGCUCGUGGAUAUGGUAGAAGAAAUGUAAGGGGCGGGAAUCGUAAUAAUCCGGCAACAUAUGUAAAAAAAAUCAAGAUGAAAUACGAUCCAACUAUCAUUAGCAAAUAUAAAAACGCUUUGGAUCAGGCUGUAUCGUUAGCUACCAUUCAUAAUGUUGCGCCUAUUAAGGGUCAUACCAUUAUCCUAUUGGAGGUCAGCCAAUUGAUGCUUAGACCAUGUCAGACGUCGAGCGGCCUCACUCAAGCUAAAACAAAGUUAGACGUUGGGGCCCUUUUAGGUCUCAUGUUUAAAUACGUCUGUGAAGAGUGCCAGUAUCUACUUUACAGCAACAGCAACUAUGAAGAGAUUGAAUUAGAAAAAGGAACUAUUCUAGAAAAUAUGUCUAGUAUUCAACAACAGGCUAAGAAUUUCGAUAUAAAUGUAUCUGACAUGAACAAGACUUUCCUGCAUUAUUUAGAUGAGUUCUUAGUCAAUAGAAAGAAGAUUGAUAAUAUUGUUAUGCUAUCAUCAAACGCUCCUGACAAAGAUGAGCUUAAAAUUCUAAACUGCUUCCUAAACGCAUUUCGUCAUUUGGUAAAUCCGGAUCUGAUGUAUGUACAUGUUAACUUGUCAGGGACUUCCGUCGGUGUGAAUAGAGAAAGCGAAAAGGUCCACGAAAAUGACAUUUUCCUAUCCGGUUACAGUGAUCAAUUAUUACGAUUUGUGACUGAAAGAGGUAAUAAAGGACUGCUAAAUUAUAUCAACAAGCUCGACAAAAAAUACAAUUUGCCUGAACUUAAACAAAAGAAAGAUUUUUCAAAAAUUGAGCGGCCAUUACCAAUUCAGAUAAGCGUACCAAGAUGGAAAGAAAUAAGAGUGUUUAUCUCAUCAACGUUUACUGAUAUGCAUGGAGAACGAGAUCUACUAACUCGAUUUAUUAUCCCUGAAAUUCGUUCAAAAGCUGCUAAUCUCUUCUAUGACAUUAUCGACGUUGAUUUACGCUGGGGUAUAACGGAAAGCGAAACAGAAAAAUUAGUCUCUCUUUGUCUAAAUGAAGUUACUAAGGCUGAUGUAGUUAUCGGUCUUUUAGGUGAAAGGUAUGGGUUUUUACCACAAGAAGCAGAUUUCAAGGAUAUAAAUUUGUCUGAUGAAUAUAAGAAAAAGAGUAUCACUGAAAUCGAGAUGCGUUUAGCGUUAGAAAAUAAAAAAACAUGCUUUUUUUAUUUACGAAAGAAAAACUUCUUAUCGCAAGUUCCCACCGACCUUCGCAAUAAAUUUCAAGCUGAAAGCGAGGAUAGCAAAGAAAAAAUGAAUAAUUUAAAACAGCUGGUAAAGACAUCUGGAUCCAACUGUAUUGAGUAUGACUGUGACUGGGGUGGAAUUUAUGAUGGAAAGCCAAUAGUAACAAAUUUACAAGAUUUAGGGUUUAAUGUUUUAAAUCAACUUACUCGCCAUAUGGAUAAAUUAAAGAAGAGUGACAAUUUGAUCCAUUUGGAUGCUAUAUCUCAUGAGACAGAGAGAUUUAACUUCUAUUUCAAAAAUUUAGGAGAGGAAUUUGCCGGCAGGAAGAAAUUGGUGAAUAACUUAAGUUCCAAAUUUGGUGAUUUAUCUAGGAAUGGUGCGAUCGUUACUAUAUGUGGUAAAGUUGCAACUGGAAAGAGCAGUUUAGCGGCAAAUGUACUGCUCAAUCUAAGGAAAAAAUUUUCGACUGUCCUAGUUCACAGCUUCGGCCUUUUCGAAGGGUCAGAGAGUAUUCCAUCAUGCUUGUACAGAAUAUGCACAGAAUUAGUACGCUUUUUUAGAAUAGAUUUGAUUAUUCCUGAAAAUUAUGAAAGUUUGGUAGAAACUUUUGGAGCAAUUCUAAACGAAAUAUCAAAUAUCAAUUGCAGUCCAGUAGCAAUAGUAUUUGACGAUUUCGACAAAACUGACAAUAAAGGACACGAAAAAUCUCUUAAUUGGCUACCCUCAAGCAUUCCUCAAAAUGUGCUUAUCAUCUUUACGGUUCUUGAUUUCAGUCCUUCAGCCAAAUGUCUACAGCGUUUAAGGCCUGUAACCUUUCAAGUCGGAAAUUUAGAUGUCUUUGACAAGUCAGUCGUCGUAAGAAAAAAUUUGGAAAAAUACGGCAAAUCUCUCAAUGAAAAGGGAUUCAAUAAUCAAAUAUCUCAAAUAACAAAUAAAAAGGAUUCUAAUAAUCCUCUUUAUCUAAAAAUAGCCUGUGAGGAACUGAAAAUAUUUGGCGUAUUUGAACAAUUAACUACGAAACUAAAAUCUUUGGCAUCAACUCUACCUUCAUUGCUCACACAAAUUCUGGAGAGAUUAGAAAAUGAGUUCGGCGAAAAUGAAGUAAAGUGCUCCAUGUCUCUUUUAGCAUUUUCUUUAGGCGGUAUGAAAGAGACUGAUAUUCAAAAUAUUCUGCCUAUUUUCGAAGACAAAAAGGUUGAUUUGAAAAAUCUAAGUCGCGUUAUAGAUUACUUCAGCGGAUCAUACAAAAAGUUACCAUACGGUAAAUUAGCUCCUCUACUAAGAAAUAUUAAAGGUUUCAUCAGGGCUUCAGAGAGCAAUACUGGCAAUAUAUCACUGGGCCAACAAGAAAUAUUGAAAGCGAUUUCCUCAAGAUACACAGAUAGACAAACAGAAAAAAUAUUCCAUACUGUUUUGUCUGGUUACUGCAUAGUUAAAUCCGGUUUAAUCAAGGGGAAAACUGAGUGUAGUAAUUAUCAUCUUUCCAAGGUUGCCGCCCACUUGAUACAUUCCGAACAAUAUGAAUAUUUAUCUAUGCUAUUAACUGAUCUAAGUUAUAUUGAAAAAAUGUUUGAAAACAAUCUUGCUGUGAAAUUGUUAACUAGCUAUGAAUUCGGCAAGAAGGAAUCGGGUAUGGUUGCCAAGAAAUUUCUCAAGACACAGGAAAUUAAAGAUUAUAGCUUUUUUGUUAGAAGUAAUGCUACACUAUUACACAGACAACCUAAGCUUGUUUAUCAACAAGCUUUGAAUAGUGUCGAAACAUCAAUUCCUUGUAAGCAUGCAAGAAUUAUUAUGAAGAAUGAAAAUAAAGCUAAAGAGCAUAUUUUUGAGUGGUUUAAUAAAAGGGAGGAAGCGAAAAACUGCCAAAUGACGAUAGCGAAUAUUUCGAAGAACGUUACUUGUCUAUCAACCUCAAGAGAUAAAUUGACUAUUAUUUGUGGUUCUUCAGACGGAAUUUGUCGCCUUUUUGAUGUGGCCUCUGGUAAAGAAAUAAAAACUUUCAUUGGCCAUAAGGAUUCAGUAACUGCCGUAAAAUUCCUAUCAUCUAACAGACUUUGCACGGCAGCAGAUGAUAAUACAAUUUGCAUUUGGGAUGCUAAUUCAACUCAGAGAUUAAAAGUCUGUACUGGUCAUAGGCGCCAUGUUUCAGCAAUUGCAGUUCAACCUGAUGGAAAACAAUUUGUUAGUGUCGGAUGGGAUUCGCAAAUGAAAUUUUGGAGUAGCGAUGGAGAUUUAACAUGGACGACAACUUUAAAGAAACCAAUAAAUUGUGUCUGCUAUCAUCCAAGAGGAGAAAAAGUCGUUAUAGGAGACUGGAGCAGUAUCUUAAGAAUAUAUAGCGCAUUUGGUAGAAAAAGGAUAGCUAUUCUAAGGGGUCACAAUUCGGCUGUACGUGCUGUUUCUUAUUCGCCAUCUGGUGUUUAUAUAGCAUCUGCAGCAUUAGAUGGAGAAGUAGCACUGUGGUCUGGAGAAAUAGGAUCCAAGCUGGGGCGCUUCGAAGGUCAUAUAUCCCCUGUAAACGACCUAGUUUUCAAUGAAAAUGGAUCAAAACUAAUCACUGUGGCAGAUGAUUGUCUAGGCAAAGUAUGGUCAGGAAAACUUGGAAUCAAAUUUGGCGAAUUUGUCGAAGAUAGUAGCGUAACCAGAGUUAUAUUUAGUCCAGUAAAAAAUGAAAUUAUAGCUGCUUUUCACGAUGGAUAUGUUAGAAUAUACGAUAUAUUUACAAAAACUUGCAUUUUAACAAAAAAAAUAUCUCAACAAUCUAUCACUUGCUUACAAGUAUUUCAAAAUACUGAUGAUAUUACUAUAGCAUGCACGACCACCUCGGGAGAACUAUUCAUUUUAAGAUCAUGUAAAGAUACAAUUGUGAUUGACGCACGGAUUUCUGUUACCAGUUCCUCAAUUUCAAGCUUGUGCCUUGAUGGUAGAGAUUUAAUUUUUGUUGGAACUUUUGACAACGAAAUAAUUUGUGUAAAAUACAACAAAGUCAUGAAAAAGCUCUAUAUAUUAAGUAACAAAAAUUGUCAUACAUCAGCUGUUACAGGUAUCGAAUUUGUCGAUAACACAAUCUGGACAUGCAGUAGAGAUAUGUCAAUUAAGAAUUGGACAGUAUCAGAAAAAGGUGUUUUGAAUAUUAAUAAAACAUAUACCAAUGUUCAUCCUGAUUGGAUUAAUUCUAUAUGCUUAAUUGACGGAGAAUCUAGAUAUUUAUUAACUAGUAGUAAUGAUUUCACUAUGAAAAUGUUGAAUAUCAAUGGUGACAGCGAUAUAGAAACAAGCUUUAAAGGCCAUGAAGCUGCAGUAAAUCGUGUUUUGCAUAAGAAAAAAUGUAUUGGAAGUGUCUCAAGCGAUGGACAAUUAAAAAUUUGGAGUAAAAGAGGAGCGGAACUUACAACUAUUCAAGCUGACACUAGUAGACUAAAUGAUAUAGAUAUAUUAGUUACGAACGAAAGAAAACCCGAAGAAAGUGUUGUAGAUGAUAUACUAUCAAAAGACUGGAGUAAAAUAGUUGCGAAGGAAGAAUGGAAAGAAAAGCAUGACCAGAACAAAUUAAGUAGAAAUACAGAAAAAGUUAAAGACGUUAUGGUUGUAACUGCCUCGGAUGAUGGAAAAAUAUCUAUUUUCAAGCCAAUUAUAAGCGAACACAUUGAUGAUCUUGAAGGACAUUCCUAUCCAGUAAAUGCUCUUGAAAAUUUAGGAAAUCGCGUGGCAACAUCUUCAAGAGAUGGGUCAGUAAGAAUUUGGACUGUUCCAGAUAAAGUUCAGUCUUUAAAACUACAACAUAGCUCUGAAAUAUCAGCAAUAUUUGUCGACGAGCGUAAAAAGUUAGUUAUAACAGGUAGUUUAGACGGUGCCUGCAAAAUUUGGAGACUGGAGAAUAAUGAUUUGUCACUUCUUAGUGAAUUAAGUAAAGGUCUUGAAACGUCUUUUGAAGGUCCCAUCAUAGAUUUGCAUUCUUGGAGAAUAAGCUCAGAUAGAUGGAUACUAAUAGUCAAUUAUGAAACAGCUGAGUUUAGAACAUACAUAUUAACCAUUCAAGCAGAUAACAUCUGCGUACAACAAAGUAGUUAUUAUGAAAUUUCAAGCCUUGGGAAAAAAUCUCGCAUAAUUCAAGUGACUUACAAUCCUGAAAAGCACAACACCAUUCUGAUGACAGCCAAAGGACAAUUAUGCAAAUUAAGUUUUAGACCUAAUGGUGAAUUUUUACAUAACAUAAUAAUGGGCCAAUGUAAAACUUCGGACGUAAUCGGAGCUCAGAUUUCCAACUAUAAAUCCGAUGGUUCAUUAUUAGUUGGCAUAUCGAACACUAAGGGAGUAGUUCGAAUUUAUAAAGUUUUAGGAGACAAUGAUAAGCAGGAUUUUGAAUUGUAUAAAAAAAUUAAAAGCUUCGAAACCCCCAAUUUAUGGUUAAAUCCUUUGAGACUAUGCAUAGAAAAUGACGCUUCUGAUUCCCUAAUGGCAACCGACUCUACCGGAAAUCUAUUUAUUUCAAGAAAAUCAUCCGAGGAGAAGUAUAAACUUCAUGAUGAUUCAAUUACUUCUAUUGUACAAAUCGGAGAAACAUACUUUACUUCCUCUAGUGAUGGUUUAAUAAGAGCUUGGGGAUUUCAAACAAACAAAAGUGAACUAAAAGGAGAGUUUUUAUGUUCAGCACCAGUUACCAAAUUGGCAUCUUUCGACAAUUCAAAUGAAAGAAAAAUUAUUGCAGGAGACAAGCGAGGAAAUAUUUAUCUAUUAUCUUAUACUGACUAG